UAUCAGGAGCAGAUGACAACUCAGUGUGAUGCAAACUGUAUGUUGGACCACAAGCCUGUGAUGGACCCCAUCAUCCCUCAUAAUGGAACAUCUACAGGUCUUAUCAAGGAUCCCGAACAGCAUGUGAAGGAACUUUUAGCAUCAGCCAAAGUGAUCCCAGAAGACAGUCCAUUGGUCAAUGGUAAACAGGAGGACUCUGGCAGCAUGAAGCUUCCUGGGUUCCAUCAAGCAUUCGGAUCAACAGAGAUCGGUCGAUUCUCUCAGCCAGAUGGAUUCUUCGAGGCUGCAGUUGCAGCAGAGAACGAGAGAAAGGUUUGUAUGUCUCCUUUACCUCCUCCGCCCCCAAAGAGGGGGAGAGCUCCCAGGGGAGGACGAAAGGCUAAGUCGAGGGUUGAGCCGGAAAAAUGGCCCGACCCGUGUUACCCCGGCAAUAUGAUGGGGAAGAAAGAACCCUGGCAGGAAUGGAAUCCAGGGAUGCAGCCGGGAUGUGGGGACGUGAUGAAUUCCCUUCAGCGGAUGAAUUGCUACCCAUACCAUGAAGAACGACCUCCAAUGGUUCCCGACAUGUACAACCACAACCAUCCGCAGUGGCAUCCGGACAUGCCUUACUAUGAGAGACAGAACUACAACCAGUAUUACCCACCGUACUACAAUCCUCCGUCGCAGGAGCCUGUGAGGAGUUACCAUGACUGUUACCCCCCUUACGACUACCCACCCCCUGGCUGGCGGGGACAUCCGUAUUACCACCCAUCGCACUUUCCCCACCACCAGAACGUAGGUUACUAUCAGCAGUACAGCGAGUACCGCCACUACGGCUACCAGAACAACCGAUGGGCAGUGAACCGGGAGAUCAAAUACACGUCAGGGAUGGUCUGACCGGCAGAGUCCCACCUAGGGUGCCUCAGAGACCUCGUAGAGAAGAGCACUCUUUGAGAACAAUAUGAAGGGUUGAAACUGAAAGUGAUAGGACAUCCGAUAGGUGGUACUCGGGUUGUGGUGAAUGUGUAGACUGUAAGCUGCAGAAAACAAGUCUGUCUAUAACUAUGUACAUAUACCAAAUCAAAUCUAAGAUUCAAACAAAUCAAACGUCUCUUAACCGUUUAAACUUGCUACGACGUUAUUAUUAACAUGUGUGAAUAAAAAAUAUAUGCCAUGCUAAGUUUGUAAAACUCCGUCUCAUGUUAUGAUAUUCUACCGGAGGAAGCAAACUUUUUGCUUAUAAGCUUGCUUUUUAAAACUUUUAAAAGGCGAGCUGAAGAUUGAAUAAUUGCUCAUAUCUUAAGAAAAUAAUGUCUGAUGUACCUAGAUUUUUAAAUUCCGAUUUAUAUCUCCAUUAGAUCCUGUAUAUUUGUAAAGUCACUAGUAGCUUUUGGAAAUUCUAAACUUCUAACAUAGACAAAAAUACAUUUAAAUCAUGUUAGAUCACAUUACAAGUAACUUAAGUUACACUCUUUGUUUUUAAAGAAUUUUUGUCGUAAGCUGUGAAAGUACAUAUUCAACUUGAAUCUCACUCAUUCAUUAGUAAACUUAUUUCUGACAAAUAACAGGAAUAUGUUCUUUAAAAUAGAUCUUAUACAAUAAAAAAAAUGUACAAUUGUUUUCUAUAUCAAGACCAUAUUUAAGAAUAGAAUUAUUUGUAAAAGAUGAAAAGAAAGUAGAUUUUGUGUAGGAUUUGUGCCUUGAGUACUUCAAUAGCAGGGAUUGCAAGGACAAUUUUUGCCCAGAAUUUUAUUUUACUAAAAACUCUCCUUUGAAUUCUACUUUCUGUGACUUUGUCAAUAACCUUAUUUAAAGUUGUAAGUGUUAACCUACUGUUUUUUUAAUCUUUUUUAAAAUUAUCUGACAAACUCAAGUUUAAACUUGUUUGACAAACAAUAUUUAUAUGGUUUAGUUGCUCUACCCUUGUUGCACCAUAGAAUAUGAUUGUUUUAAUAAUCAAACUAAAUAAACAGAUCCUUAAAAAUCAUGUGCUAAAAAUUUCAACCUUUAAACAUAUAAAACGACUUAAAAACAACUGAAUUGAACUGUGAAAAUCAUUUAUAUUUUGUAUUAUGAAUAGUUUGUCAAAACAGCUACAGAGGAGAGUUUUUCUUCAGCAAAAUUGUCACAUCAAUACAACUACAAUUUUGUCACAUACUUAAUUUGUUUGGCUGUUAAUCGCGAGCUUUAAAACUAAAUAUUAACACGGUUUUAUAAACAUUCCUGAAGUUAAAAGAAUUCGCCUGUCAGAUAAAUCAAAAUCAUAUUCUGGAAAACUUUCUGAUUUAUUAUGAUUUGUAAGUCCCAUGCAGUAGAAUCUUGUUACACCGCUACUAGAUCAUAGAACAAGGUAUGGAGCACAGUAAUUCAUGUGAAUGGCCAAUCCCAUUGUAGGAUAUCAGAUGUUAACAAUGUAAAGCAUACAAAGUUCUACUACUAGGAGAAAUAGAAAUAGUACUCAAGUCUUUUAAAGCCAAAUAACCAACAACACUCCUUGAUGACAGCCGUCAACUUAUUUAAAAUAGAGAAAAAUCUAGUAGAGAUUUUCUUGGCAUAUAAUGGAAAUAAUCAAAGUUGUACCCAUCUAAAAUCUAAAUCAUAAUCUAUAAAAUACGUCAAGGUUGUUUAGGUCAUGUUUCAAACUUUUGAAAUAUUUUGCAGUGAAAAGAUGAGUUAUAAAUCCAAACAAUCCAUCAUUAAUACUAAGUAGUCAAGAUAGUUGGAUUAAAUUGUAAACAAAAAAUUAAAAUAGAUAACUGACGGAAUUUCACUGUGUUCACCAUUUUUAAAGAUCAGACAAAUUCAAAUUUACUUAUUGGUGGAGACAUUCUGAACCAAUCAUAAUGUAGAUUUCUACAAAUACUUAACAUGAAUUUUGACCGAUAUUUGUAUCAAAACUAAAAUGAAAUUUCCUUAGAAAAUAUAUCCAUUACCAAGAGAAGAGUAAUUAAGAUGUAUACCAAAGUUCUACUGCUAAAGAAUAUACAAGUGUUUUUAGCAAAUUUCCCAUAUAGGGAAUAAGCUAUUACCGGAAGUCUUAUUGUAUGAGCUAGACCCGGGACGGAUUUACUUUUUUGAUUUGAGGUCCCCAGAGGCAAAAAAAAACUCGGUUAGUGUGAUAACUCGAGCAAAAAUGAUCCGAUUUUGAUGAAAUUUGGUACAAACGUGUAAACCUACUUUUAUUCAAACAAAUCUUUCGCGAACCAGCAUGAUUGGACAAUGGGAACAGGGGUUUAUGGGGUAUAAAUAGGGUUUUUCAAUUUUUUACCCUAAAAACAUAAACUUUCACUAUUAAUUUAUUUACAAACCAUUUUGUAGAGCUUUAAAAAGAAAUAAUUUUGUACAUUGGAGCGUUGUUGUAUGGUUACCGAAAUAAUAAAAAAAUUGAAAAUUGAAAAUUCCCAUGUUAGUCCUAAGGAGAAUAAAUAUACUUUUGUAAUUUGCUUGUUUAUGGAUAAUCUAAUUUGGCCAUUGUAUUUAUUUCAUACUAUGCUAUCAACAAUAAAAAAAAAAAAAAAAAACACACCUCAAUAGUCAAUACCUUCCCUGAAGCAGCAAAGCUAAGUACUCAUUAAAAUUAAUGUUAUUUAAAUAGGAAAUAAAUCUGACAAUUUUAAGGGAAUAUUUUAGUAGAAAUCCAGCAAGGCCACUCAGUCUGCAGUUUAGCUGCAGCGGGGAUAUUUUUUAUUUGCCUUAUUUUAAUUCUAAAACUCACCAACAGAAUAAAAUAUGUGUUCUUUACCAAUUUGAGUAGUGAGUACUGAGCAUGAGUCAAGAUACUUAUAAACCUUAAAUUUAGAUGAUUGCUUUCAUUUAAAAAACUCCAUGUUACAUAUCUUACAAGAAUUCCGAUAAUCAUAAUGGCAUUGAAAUAAUUUAUACCGCCAAAGUUUAAAUAUCAUUAUUAUAUGUCUUUUAUUUCUAGGUUUUGAUGUCAAAGUAAUAGUUCUUGGUCCCUUGAUGAUCGUUUAGGUAUUUUUUGUUGAUAGUUGAUAUAUUGAUAAAACAUUCUUUUGCAGCUAAAUGUUCAAACAAUUUAAAACAAACUUAAUUAUUUUAGAACAUUUUAGACAAUAUUUUGUUCUAUAUUGUUUAGAGCAAACACAGUAUUCAAGUUUGUUUGAAGCUCUGAACAAAACCUGUUAUUUUAGAAUUGAUGAUAAGUUUUUCUUUUUAGUUUUGACUUAACUGAAUAGUCAGGGACCAACAACAAUUGGUUUUAAUAUUUAGUUACCCUACUUUAGUUUUUCCAACAUGUGGUUGUCAAGUAACCAAUUUUGGUUGGUAGCACACAAAUUUUGGGUUGUGUCGUGUAAGAUCUGAUUUUUAUUCAAUUUUUAACUUUUUGGUAUGGGGGUACAAGACACACUGUGAACAUUCUUUUUGGCUUCCUUUGUUUUAAUUUUGAGUGUUAUGAAUUAUUUCACGCUAAUAAUACUUGUGACAAAAAAAGACAAAGUAGCUGUUUCAUAAAUAAAGAUUUUUCUUAUUCUUCACUCUGUUCAUCUAGUUUUUAAAAACUCAUAGCUAGUGAAGGUUAAUGGCAAUAUUUGGGGAUCGGUGUAAAAUAUUUGUAUUUUUUCAUUAACUUUACCACAGUUUUCAUACAAUAUUUGCUAUGAAUAUCCUGUCGAAACUAAAUGUCUUGUACCCCUAACACCUGUACAUAAGCUAUGUAUAUCUGAUCGUUCAUAUACACCAUUGUAAAUACCAUCCUAAGCACUAGCUAUUGCCAAAUGGUUACCAUGCGACCCAAGACAAUUAUGUUUUUUUCUUCAUAUUUUAAACGUUUUUUAGAUUAGAAAAAUAUAAGAUAUAUACAAGUUUUUAUUGUGAUAUAUACGAAAAUUAAUUAUUGAGUGUUGUAAUGUUUUAUAGAAAUAUUGUACCUUAAAUGUUUGGUGGACGUUGCGUUUGAUUACUGAUGAUUUCAUCCCGGGGGAGGUUUUGGUUUUUAUUAAUCUGUUCGUUACAAUUUGCAGUUUAAUCUAUUUAGGUUAGUGUUAAAAAAAUGUGUUGUUGUGUAACUGAAAAAUACUUAAGGUAUUUGGUAAACAUUUUUACUUAACUAAUGGAGAAAAAAUUGUGUGUACCACUAAAGAAGAUAUAUAACAAUAAUUUCAUACUUAAUAUAAAUCAUAUAUACUUUUUAUUCUGACCUUCCUACCAAACUUUUUGCUCUACUGUAAAAGGUACCUACUGAGCAGUAGCUACGUAAUUAAAAAACUUUAAUGUAAAUUUAAAAACAGGGUGGUCUGGACCUAGCGUUAAAAUUUUUUUCGGGUGGUAGAGCAACACAAGUGUGACUCAAAUCCACAAUUAAAAAAAUAUAUAUUCCAUACACCCACUUGCUAAAACAUUAUUUAGAUUUUUUUUUAUCUGUACAUUUACACAACAUUUUAAAAUUCCACUAGUAUUUUCAUACAUUUUUAUAACUUUGACACUACCAUCAUAUUUUCCAUUAAUUUCUAUGUAAGAGUAGAGAGCUUUUGGUGAGCCCAAAGCUUCAGAAAUGCUAUUUAAAUUAAUCAGAACUAAGAAAUUUAUAUUUUUCCAAAAAAAGGUUUAAAAUAAGCCUACAUACACUUUUUUUAAGAAAAGUACUAGAGAUUAGCAAAUGGCUACAAAGACUGCUCCAAAAUCCUAGCUUUAAAAAAAUAUGAUUAGGCAUUUUAUUUGCUUCCUUUUAAGUACAGCUAUUCCAGUUAUAAAUAUGGAAAACAAGGUUUCACUCGAACUCCAUUAAAUGCAAACAGCGGUUUUCCAAACCGUAUAGAAUGUCACUUAAUUAUCUAGCAAUGAGAUGAAUAAAUAUUUUAGUUUUAGAUUAUCUAAAAAAAUUACAAAAUAAAUUAGGGGCAACAUGUUUAGAUUAAACCUCAGGUAGGGACUGUAUGUAAUAUAAAAAUAAUUAAAAAGUUUAUAAUUUUUGGAUGGAUUCUAGUUAUAUAAUGCUACAUACAGUAUUGAAAGUUUUUCAAAGUAUGUAAGUAAUCAAACAGUAAUCUCUUGUUUAAAUACAUCUUCACCAGCAUGGAAAGUACUUUGAAAAUUUAAAAUACUUCAAUUUUAGGAUAUUGCCAAUAGUUUAAAUAAGUUCUACAAUUACCGACAUUGCAAACCAUUACCUGUGACAUAUAUAUGUUAAUUAUAGCUUUAUAUUAUCCCUGGGUUCAGGAUUUAUGUGUAAAAUUUUGUUCCUUCCCACGCGUAUAGCUCGUAAACACAAAACCUCCACGAGUAUGACCCAAGUGUGAUAAGUUGUUCAGGCUGACGAAUAAUCGUCGAUUGUGUUUAUAGAUAUAACAAAUCAUAUUCAGAUAGUAUUGUUGUCGACUAUUGUAAUGUUAUUUUAGGUUUAGGUAACAUAACAUUGUCCUGAUACGGUGUGCCUUAUCCAACAUUAGAUUAGAAUGUCUAGUCGAUUCUGGGCCAGUCGCGCAUGCAUUGUCAUUGUGCCAAUCUUCCUCGUCACAGGGGUUUGCCAACUGUUCAAUUUUAUCUUCUAUUAGCAUUGUAAAACUUAAAAAUCACAGUAUAUUGUUUAAAAUAAUCAAGCCUAAAAAGAAUGGUUAAAUAAACAUUAUAGAGUAAACUCCUAUUGCAAUAUUUAAAAGUCAGGGUAGUUUACGCUUCAUUUUUCUAGUUUUUUUGUAAAAUUUUAUUUUUAUUUCAGUUUUUUCCAAUUACAUCAGGUAAUUCUUGCUUUACAAGUUUCCAUAGUUUGAAAAUAAAAUUAGAACAUAAAAAUAAAUUGUGAGACUCUUAAAACAGUAUGUUUUAGCAACUAAAAUAAAUUAAGUGUGUAAGAAGUCUUAUUUCAAAAAGUUGUUGCAGUUUUGUCAUGUGCAACAUCCAAUGUACAAUUUCCUCUUAACAAACAAAUAACUGAAACCUAUCUGUAUCACAUCAACUAUUUGUAGGAAAAUAUAUAAACUUAACUUUAGAUACAAAAAUGUUUUCUGACAGCUUAAGUUAUAUAUACCCAUUUCAGUGCUAGAUGAGUCAUAAUAAUCUUUGUCAAUACAGCUUUGAAAUUUAAAUUGGGGUUUUAUUAGAUAAAUUCAAACCCCUAAAGCGUAAAAUAGUACUUAUAUCAUGAGUUUACUUCAGUGUGCUUAAAGGUUACUGUAAUUUUUUUUAUUAUUUUGAAAAAGGAUACGGUAUUUUACUUAGCCUUGUAAUAAUGCGUUGUUCCUAACAAAUUUCAAAUUAUUUUACACAUCUGAUGGUGAUGACACAAAGCCAAAUCUUUAAGGAUAUCACAUAACAGAGUAAGCCAUUGAAACAUUUUAUUUAUAUCUAACGUGAUCCAGAAAAACAACCCCAUGAAGGCAUUUUUUACCGUCAUCCGAUGUUUUGGUAAUCUGACACCCUACUAGUCAUGUAAUUUCCAGAUUUUUAAGAGUCAACUGUACUACAAUCUGACAUAGCGAAAUUAUUUUAAAUUACUGAUUUUUGACUAUGGAACUAAGUGAACUAACCGUGAAGAAGUUGUAAACUAGGUAAAUUUGAUCGGUUGGCAAUCACCUGGAAAUAUCACUAGAGUAGCUGUGUUUGUCCCCACAUCAGCUCAAUUUUGAGGACCAAAGGUCUGUGUCUUAUCGAGUUAGGUUUGUAGACACAAAGUGGUCCGUUCUGUCUUCUCAGGCUCGGAAGAGUCUUCAGUUUUCUUAGGUUGGUAUCACUUGUUUUAAAACCGUUUACGGGCUAAAACACAUUUAUCUGGAAUUCAUUAAAGAUAGUGUGGAAAAAUCUUCAUAGUAUCUAAUGAGAAAAUUGAAUCUGAGUCAUGUUGAGAAAGUUCAAGUUGUUUGAAUAGUGUUUCAAUUGAUAUUACAAUGCAAAAAGCUUUUGUAUAAGUUAGCUUUAGUAUCAAUGAGAUGGGUUAAUUUUUGACUCAACUCUAUUAACAAACAAGAAAAAUCUAAAAUAAGAUUAAAUUUGAACAUUUUUAAGCUAAUUUGUUCAUUGGCUUUUAAUGUUAAGGUACAUCUACAAAAAAAUGUUCUGUCACCUCUAAAUCUGUUCUAAAAGGAGAAUCCUAACUUUAUUGAAAUUUAAAUCACAUUUUAAGGAAUUUUUUAGUCCGUAAACAGUUUAUUUUUCCAUUGAUCCUGAAGAUUUAUUCUUCCUCAGUUCUUCCAUAGCAUUAUUUAGCCACUUGUUAUAAAUGAACAUCAAGUAAUGAUUUUUCACUUGAGUUACUAUUACACCAAGGUGUAAUUACAAACAAACACUUGUAAAUAAUGAACUAUAGUCAAGUUUAGAAACAGUUUGUUUAUUCCUUAUAUCCACUGGAAUAAUAUUUUGUAACUUUCUUUCACUUCUUACACAUUUAGCUUAAGGAAAUUGUUUAUUAUACAGAAACUAUACAUAUAAUUUUUAUAAAUUGUACUAUCACAGUAGACUUAAUUUGUUUUUUAUUCUGACAUGGUUUAGUUACGAUAUGUUUCAUAGCUUCCGAAAGUUGAAAUGUGCCAUUUAGUAUGUAAACAUGCCGUAUUCUAAAGAUCUCACCUAACGUAAGAUACCGUACCGCGUACCAAGUACAUAGUCCUGUAGUGUUCUAGUAAACAUAACACCACUUCACAACUGUACAAAAGAGAUCUGAUGUGUCUAAUAUGAAUACACUACAAAUAAUCAAUUAUCAUUACUGAAAUGUGUGAAAGUUAUAAAAUACAUUAAUUAAAC